AUGGCUAAAUUUUCGUUAAAAGAUAGUGAUAAGUAUUAUUUAUGUCUUUCAGAACAGCCCAAAAGGUUUGAUGCUGAUAGCCCUGUAACCAACGUGUUUUUUGACGACACCAAUGGUGAGGUUUUUACUGUUCGCUCAGGAGGUGUCACAGGUGUUACAGUAAAUGGAAUGGAUUCAAAAAGUACUUCAUUUAGAAUGGAGGACAAAGGACCAAUUAUUUCUAUUAAAUUUUCACCAGAUCACAAAAUUCUCGCCAUUCAAAGAAAUUUAGACGGUCAAAAUGCAACUGUUGAAUUUGCCAAUUUCAAAGAUUUGGCACCUACUAAUGUUGAAUAUUCUCAUACGUGUAAGUGGAAAAAUGCUAAGAUGUUGGGUUUUGUGUGGCCAAGAGCUAAUGAGAUUGCUUUUAUAACUGACCAUGGUAUAGAGUUACUGCAAGUCAUACCUGAGAAGAGGCAAAUGAAAACUUUAAAGAGUACUUCUUUUAGUGGCGCCUGGUUCUCUUGGUGUGCACAAAGUAAUAUUAUUUUACUAGCAGGAAAUAAUGGAGCUUUACUUCAACCAUUCUCUUUAAAUAAUUCAACAAUAACUAAACUGCAGAAAUUGGAAGUGGAAUGGUCAAAGCCAGUAGUGGAGCGUGAUGUGUUUGUACUAAGAUUGUGUGGUGCUGCCUGGUGUGCCUUGUUUCGACAUAGUACUUCACCUAUUAAUGGACCUACUGAAGUAUGGCUGAUGCCGAUAGCGGGGGGAGGAGUAACACAGCAUGUUCUCAAGACAGGCCUUGUUGGUCGCUUUGCUGUCAGUGUAAUAGAUGAUCUUCUUGUUAUACAUCACCAAUCUAGUCAAACUUCACAAAUAUUUGACAUUAUGGAGGAAUCCAAGCCUGAGAACAAUAUUGUUAUUCAUUUACCAAUAGUGCAAGGGAUAUCUAUGAAACCGGCUACUGUUGAUGAUCAACUUUGCCCUAUGUACUCAGGUAACUGGGUGGUGUUCCAACCAGACUACAUAAUAGAUGCGCGUCUCGGCUGCCUGUGGAAAGUGAAUCUCAUAUUGUCUGGUUUGGCACAUUCGGUGCCUAAAGAUGAAGUAUCCAAAAUAAUAGCAGUGUUGCUAAGACGAAAUAAUAGUAAAGAAACUAUAUACAGAAUAAUGAGCCAACUGGUGGCAGAUGCUGGGAACUACUUGGUGCAGCUCAUCAAGUCGUUUGAUGAAAUCAACUCAGUAUACAGGAGGUGGGCGGACAUGGAGGUGGCGCGCAACACGGCGGGCGCGGGGGGCGCGGGCGCGGCGGCGGGCGCGCACUUCCCCGCGCUGGUGUCGCAGGCGGACGUGUGCGCGCACGUGCUGCACGCGCACGACACCGACUACCUCGUGCAGGUGGUGACGGGGUACCUGGCGUCGCUGGCGCGCCACGACAUGGUGGUGCAGCACGCGGUGGCGGAGCUGGCGGUGCGCGCGCUGGUGACGCGCGGCGCGGGCGCGCGGCUGCGCGCGCUGGUGCGGCGCGGCGCGCUAGGCGACGCGCGCCCGCUGGCCUGCCAGCUGCUCAGCCUCGGCCACCUCGACCCCGCCGCCGCGCAGCUCGCGCUCGACAUGAUGUGGCGGCUCAAGGCUUUUGGCGACAUAGUGGAGGUGCUGCUGAGCUGGGAGGAGCCGGUGGGCGCGCUGGGCGCGGCGCGCGCGGUGGGCGCGGGCGCGGGGCCGGCGCCGCGCAAGCUGCUGGCGGCGGCGCGCGCGUCGCCCGCCGCCUUCGUGGCCGUGUACCACGCGCUGGUGGCGCGCAACGAGCGCUUGCGGGGCAGCCCGCACUUCCUUAAAGGUGAGCAAUGCGACGCGUACGUGGAGUACUAUAAACAGCUGACAGCGGACUCG